UUGAGUGCAGCAAAUACUGGUUAUCCCGGUAGAAUGACAUCGCACUGAAACUGUUUUCCUCAUCUACGAUACAAACCUCAGAGAUAUUUAGAACAGCAGUGACCGGUGUCCACGAGGAAGGAUGGCGUCCUAUUUUGACGAGCACGACUGCGAGCCCACGAACCCAGAGGAUCAGUACCGACAGAACGCCUUGCUGGAGCUGGCGAGGUCUUUGAUGCAGGGAAUGGACAUUGACUUGGGUCCAAUUGACUUGUCAGAGUGGGACCAGCGACUGCCGCCACCUGCUGCCCGCCAAGCUGUCCAAAACCUUCCUACUGUUGUCAUCACUUUUGAACAAGCAGACCGGGGUCUGAAAUGCCCAGUGUGCUUGCUGGAGUUUGAGGAGGAAGAGACUGUGAGAAAGAUGCCCUGUGAACACCUGUUCCAUUCCAGUUGCAUAUUGCCCUGGCUUGGGAAGACGAACUCUUGCCCACUGUGUCGUCAUGAGUUGCCUACAGACAACCAAGAGUACGAAGAAUUCAGGAAGGACAAGGAGAGACGAAAACAGAGGGAGCACAGACUGGAGAAUCUACACGAUGCCAUGUAUACAUGAGGGCCUGGAAGCACCAUCGCAGGCACCCUGAUAGCAGGAUACAGUUUGUUUGCACAAUUUGUUUUUAUCUGGAAUAUGAUUCUUUUGUCACACAAUGAGUGCAGAGAUUGUGUUGUGCUGGAUAUACUUUGUCUCAUUUCAUAUUUUGUUUCCAAUUGUAAUGGCUUGGAUUAUGAUUACAUUUAAAAAUGAGUAUAAAAGGACCAAAGAAAAACAUGACUAUUUUCUAUUGAAACUUUUCUUAUAUUAAUGAAAAUCUUGACUUGGUGGGGGUGUACAGUGUAUAUAAAAUGUAAUAAAAUGUUGCUGAUAUGAAACAAUGUUUACCUGUGCAUUUGUCCUUUAAGUGUGAAUGUACCUAAAAAAUAUUAAAAUGUGAAAAUGUUUUCAGUAGUUUUUGAUCUCCUUUGUUAAUA